GCCCUCGCGCGCUCGGAACCUGCGCCGGCGGUUGCCGGCAGCCGCCCGGACCGUAAUCGGUGCUGGAGCGCGCCGCUCGCACGGCCAGGGGUCGGUUUCGUUCCGGCGUAGGCGGCGGUUGGUGCUGCCGGCGGUUGCUCCUGCUACCGGGAGAGAAACGGAGCGGGGACCUGGGACCGCUCCGCUUCGCCCCGCUCUACCCCGGUCGGCGCCGGGGACAGCGGGCAGGGACGGGCUCUCUGGUCUCCCCGGCUGCCCCCACGACAGGCUGCCCCGGGGAAGGCGGCGGCAUGGACGCCUCCCCGGUGUGGCGCAGCGGGUGAUGCCGGUCCCCGGCGGGCAGGGGAGACGGGGGUGCCGGCAGCGCUGGAGGGUGUCGGUCCGACCGGUGGCGCCCAGCCUGGCAUUGGUACUAUGGAUCCCUCCCGGCACCGCACAGGGAACGGGAAUGAGCAGAGCGGGGGCGCGGAUGAGAGGCAGCGGCAGCUGGAGCGCCUGGGCAGGGAGGAGGCCUAUUACCAGUUCAUUAAUGACCUCAAUGAAGAAGACUACAGGUUAAUGAGAGACCGGAACCUGCUUGGCACCCCCGGGGAAAUAACAGCAGAAGAGUUGCAGCAACGCUUGGAAGGGGCUAAGGAGCAUCUGGCAUCACAGACAGAUCUGGAUAACAGAGAAGGUGAAGGAAGAACUGUUGGAGAUUCUGAUGUUCUUGGAGAAAACUCAAAUGGUGACUCUUUGCUUGAAUGGCUGAACACAUUUCGUCGCACAGGAAACGCCACUCGCAGUGGACAGAGCGGAAACCAAACCUGGAGAGCUGUGAGUCGAACAAAUCCAAACAGUGGGGAGUUUCGAUUUAGUCUGGAAAUCAACAUAAAUCAUGAGCAUAGCAGUUUUGAAACUACUGGUGAGGAAUAUGUGGGUAUAGAUAGCAGCAGAAUGUAUUUCGAAAGAAGACAUCAAAGAACUGUUGGUCCAGUAACCCCACGAACAAGGAGCAGGACUCCAAGAGAGGCUAACAGUGAGGCUUCAGGCACUGCAAGGACCAGGUCUGUAAGAAGGUCUGUAAGGUCUGUGCCACAGCGCUCGGAAGCAGCCUCCUCUCCAAUCUCAGGGAGGCUCAGGAGUAGAACAAGGGAGCUGGCAGGCCUUUCCCAAAGAAGUACCACACAUAGUAAUGCUGCAGCUGCUGGUGAACAGAGAGAAAUGCCAGAAAGAGGUACUUCUACAGGAGUCAUGAGAGGAAGAGCUAGAGCUAGUGUUCAGAUGAGUACAAACCAAAGACUAGAAAUUCUGCGUUUGAGAUCUACUUUAAGUAGUCGGAGCCGUUCUCCGGUGCAAAGGCAGGGAGAAGCUCCUCGUUCUGAGGAACACGGGCAGAGGCAGGAUAGAAAUGCACAGCAGGUCAACAGAAGUAGAAGACAAACAGCUCAGCCCUCUCCACAGCCUCCUGAAGAACAAGGAAGAGGUAACACUCGGACUCCUCAGCCUUCCAGUGUAGCCCCAUCCUUGGGAAUAACUUUGGAAGAGGAGGAAUCUAGUAGGCCAGUAGCUGCUGUUAGAAGGCAUCCAACAAUUACAUUAGAUCUUCAGGUGAGAAGAAUUCGCCCCGGAGAAAACAGAGACCGGGACAGUAUUGCCAGCAGAACUCGUUCGAGAGUGGGAAUGGCAGAGAACACGGUGACCUUUGAAAGUGACAGCGGGGGAUUUCGGCGCACGAUAUCGCGAUCCGAGCGCGCGGGUAUUCGAACCUACGUUAGCACUAUCCGCAUCCCUCUGCGUCGGAUUUCAGAAACGGGGCUGGGUGAACCUUCCUCAGUAGCUCUUCGGUCAAUCCUUAGGCAGAUUAUGACAGGCUUUGGAGAACUGAGUUCUUUGAUGGAAACCGAAUCUAACUCAGAAGGGCAAAGAGGUGGUCAUCACUUACUGGAUGUACGGUCAGAGCAGAGUAACUCAGGUUCAGGGAACAAUAGCAGUGACCCAAGCGAGGUUUCACCUAGAAAUGGGCGUGCAGCAGAAGGCAGGGAGGAAGCAAACAGACAGAGUGAUGAUCCUCACCGCUACGGUCGCAGCAACGACAUCCAAGAUAGGCAGUCUCAGGAUGCUAACAACCUCGUGGAAAAUGGAACCCUGCCCAUACUUCGACUUGCCCACUUCUUCUUGCUGAAUGAAGAUGAUGACGACGAUCGUUUAAGAGGUUUAACCAAAGAGCAGAUUGACAAUCUUUCUACACGGAACUAUGGGGAUAUUCACACUGAAAACGAAAUAAGUAAAACAUGUAGUGUUUGCAUUAAUGAAUAUGUAACAGGAAAUAAGCUAAGGCAGUUACCCUGUAUGCAUGAGUUUCAUAUCCAUUGCAUUGAUCGCUGGCUUUCUGAAAACUCCACUUGCCCAAUCUGUCGGCAGCCUGUAUUGGGAUCUAAUGCCACUGGCAAUGGCUAAAAUUAUUUCUACUGCUCAGUACUCAAGGAUUUGCUUCUGCUCUAUUUAUGAUGAGCCAGAUGGAAUCAGUUGACAUACAUAGGGGUCCAUUUGAGUUGGGAGUUUUGUUAAAUUUCUUUAAAAAUAGUAGGAAACUUGUCUAAAUCUAGCAAUGUAAAUACUAUUUUUCUCCAAGUUCAGAUCUAGGAGUACACAUAGAACCAAAUGAUAUCGGUAAAGUUUAUAUUUUUUUAGGUAAUUUUGUUAUGCUAAGCACUUUUGUAAAUACAGAAAUGCAAUAGUUAAUCAGUCCUGCUUAAUGUAUGUUUUUUUUAACAGUGUAAUUGACUCACUUUAUUUAGAUUACAAAUUGUUUCACACAGACCCACCACUGUGUUGAAAAAUUAGUGUCUAAAUAGCCAUUCAUUAACUUUUUGUUCUAAGAACAAUUUAUUUUACAGAAAGUCUCUUGCUGGACAUGUUUGCUAAAGAUAGUUAAGUUACUUGAAGUGCUCAUUUUAAUAGUAUAUUUUUUUUAACAUCGAGAUAUCCUUCCCAGAAAACUUGCCAAUUUGGUUCUAUUUAAAAAAUUUUAUGGCUAUUUUUGCAUGUGGUUUUACACAAUGCUUAAUGCUGAUGAAUUCAUAUUCAAAAGUGAAUGGGUUAGUGACAUUAUGGAAUGUACAUUAUUAAAUGGUGUCUUUGACAAUCGCUGUCUUUCCAAUGCAGACAGCAAUCCAAUCAGUAAUAAUUCCAAGAGGAUGUGUCUUACUGAAUAUGGUGUUUGCUCAAAGAACACAGAUUGACUAAGGAAGCCUUUUUACUCCUUCAGAUAACUCAGUUGAUAUUAAUGAGUUUUUAACUGCCUUAGUUUAAAGAGGGAGAUAUUUCCUUGACCAUUAUAUUGUCUACAAUAUGCAUGAUUUCUGCAUCCUACUCAGAAAAACAAAACAAAGGCUUGAAGUGGCUUUGUACAGAAAUUUAAUAUCCAUGUGUAUUAGUCCUCUUAAAACAUGUCUGAGGACCAAAUGGCAAAAGACACUAAAAAGGACAAAAUAAGCUUCCCUUAAAGUCCCCAGGUUACUGUAUCAUUAGAUAUUAAACUUUAUACCAAUAACUUAAAAAGAAAUAAAGUUGCAAACUAAAGAAUU